UGUCAUCAUUAUCAGGAGCCGCAUUAGAGAGAGACGGACUCAGCCUGGAUUUCUAUCCUGCAUGAUAGUGAUUGUGUGAUGGUCUGUUGUUGAUAGAGAAGCUUUCUGGAUUGUCGCAGGAAUUAUUUGGGCUGUAGGGCUAGCUAGUGGUACGAACCGGAGGUGAAGAGGUCACUGGGGAGGAAGAGGAGCAAUCAGUGACCGGUGUGUAGUCUAGAGCUGUUGUGGAGCGAGUGGCGGUCAGUCAGUGAGGAGAGGCUGUAGUAGCCGCAUGGAAAACGUUUGCAGAAAGUGCUCUUGUGCCAUGGAAGCUGGGGUGGAUACCAUCUCUGCUAAAAAAGGAGGCUCGUUCCCAAACAUUUUUUAAAUUGAUGUUAAGGCGGCAACAGUCUAAAUGUACAAGUUAAUUGUGAGCGUCUUUGAAUUCCCAGAGUUAAAACUCUACUCUUUACUUGAGGAAAAAUAUCUCAAGCAUGGCACAAAAUAUCAGCGAGGACACGGAUACCAGUUGGAUGUUUGAGCUUCACUGUGCAGAAUGACGUAUGUGCGGAGUUUGACACUAGAAGGCUGUUUUCACGUUCAUCUGCUUAAAGUGGGAAGUUUCUCUGUGCUCACUGAAAACCUGAUUUUAAGGGGUGGACCUACGAGCAUGAUUUGAGACAUCGCAAAUGGGUUGUAAUUUGGAACUUGUACAAGUGUGAUGUAGAAACACAGUGCACAUACACUGAGUAUGGACUUUAGGAGGCAUCUUAGGUCCUGCAGGAAAACUUUAGAAAUGAACAUUUGCAUAUUCAUAGAUAUUGGAAUCUUUAAUGAGCUAAAAGGAGUAGAUGCCUCUUUAAGGAUUUUAAUAACCAGACACACACGGGGAUCAUUUUCAUGUAUCAGCAACAUGUUGUGUGUUUCUGUGAGGUGCCAGCAGCGGAGUCCGAUCCCUCACACUUCAUCUCAGUACAGUGUCCUGGAUGGAGGCCAGCAGGGUUAAGUGAUCCUCUCCCCCUCUCCCACCUCUCUCCUGCUCCCUCUCUCCCAACAAACUUCAUUUUUUCCAGCUUUGAAAGAGGACUAGAACUGACACACUACACAUCAGACUUUUGAACUUCUGGUUUCAAACAUUUUCUAGUUAGACGUUUCUGUUCUUUCAGGUUCUGCUUAUCUGCAGCUUAUUUGUAACUUUCUAAUUUGGGUGUUUUACACCCCUGACUGUGUUUCAUUGCUGUCAGGUACAAUGGCUCUUGGAGUGCUUAAUUCGCAAGCGAAAAGUUCUCUGAGUGGGAGUGCAUUUUUUGACCACGGUUCUAUAGAGGAACAGGAGCCUCCACCUCCACUCCGUAGCUACCUUUGUUUGACUAUUUUCACCUGCUUUUGUCCUGCGUACCCCGUCAACAUUGUGGCCCUGGUCUUCUCUAUCAUGUCUAGGAACAGCUAUUAUCGCGGUGACUAUGAUGGGUCGAGGCGGCUGGGCAGGAACGCUCUCUAUGUUGCUGUUGCCUCCGUCGUCAUCGGCCUUCUCAUCAUCGCUAUCACCUGCAUCGUUCAUUUCACCACUAUGGAUUUUUAGUGCUGUGCAAGUGGAGAGCUGGGGAGAAGAGAAAUAAGACACUUGAACAGAAAACUCUGGAUGACGAUGUCUGGACGGGCUCAGGUGGUUGGUUCAUACUGUACCGUCUGCCAAUGAAAGGAGUCUGACUUGACUCAUGUUUACUUCAGUCUGUACACCACUUCCUCCCAUGUCCACUGUUCUUCAGAUAGACAAUCAAGGACUAUAAAAUCUGGUGAAUGUAUACAUUUCAGUGAUUAAUGUCAAUAAAUCUUUGAAAAAAAAGGCAGCUUUCUACAAAUGUGUAGGGAAUUCAUGGUUUACAGUAAAUUUUUGUUAGGCCGUGACCCCACUGUGAGAAAUCUAUAACGAAUUCUGUUAACAAGUUUGUUAACGAGUGCUUGAUAAAUGAUAUUUCAAAAUAAAAAUAAACAAUAAUAACCACUUUUAUUUCUGCUAAUACUCAUGUUCUUAAGCUUUAUUAUAAAUAUUUAGUAAUGCCAUUGAUACUUUGUGCUACAGCAUUUAUAUUCAUUAUUAUUAUUAUAAUGUGUCUGUCAUUGGUAUCAAUAAUAAAAUAACUUUGUACAGAA